GCUAUGGAACCACAGCCAUAAGUUGAACGAGAGGCUAUCAAGAAUCUCAUCCUCUCCAUAUUAUCUACCCUCCACCUCCCUCUUUUGAACUCACAUUGGCCACUAGAGCUGCUGCUGCAACUGUUGCUGAGGUUGUAAAGUAAACAACCAUGGCUUCUGCUACUCUCUCUGUGCCUAAGCCAUCUCUCAAGGUCACGGGUCAGGGAUUCUCCGAAUUCGCUGGCCUUCGCAGUUCAGUAGCUUCUCUUCCCUUUGCUAGGAAAACGUCCGAAGACUUGCUCUCUGUUAUUGCCUUCCAGACCUCUGCUGUCGGCAGGAGCGGUGGUUACAGGAAGGGUGUGGUGGAGGCCAAACUGAAGGUAGCGAUCAAUGGGUUUGGGAGAAUCGGAAGGAACUUCUUGAGGUGUUGGCAUGGCAGGAAGGACUCCCCGCUGGACGUCAUUGCCAUCAACGACACUGGCGGUGUCAAGCAAGCUUCCCAUCUUCUCAAGUACGACUCCACCCUCGGUAUCUUCGACGCUGACGUGAAGCCCGUAGGCGAUACUGCCAUCUCAGUUGAUGGGAAGGUCAUCAAAGUUGUCUCCAGCCGCAACCCCGUCAACCUUCCCUGGAAGGACUUGGAGAUAGACCUGGUGAUAGAAGGGACAGGAGUGUUUGUGGACAGGGAUGGUGCGGGAAAGCACAUAGAGGCAGGGGCGAAGAAGGUGCUCAUCACUGCUCCUGGGAAAGGUGAUAUACCAACAUACGUGGUCGGCGUUAAUGCCGACGCUUACAACCCAGACGAGCCCAUCAUCAGCAAUGCCUCUUGUACCACUAAUUGCCUUGCCCCCUUUGUCAAGGUCCUCGACCAGAAAUUCGGCAUCAUUAAGGGUACCAUGACGACCACCCACUCCUACACUGGAGACCAGAGGCUUCUUGAUGCAAGCCACCGCGACCUUCGCCGAGCACGAGCUGCGGCUCUCAACAUAGUCCCAACUUCUACAGGUGCUGCAAAAGCUGUGGCCCUUGUUCUUCCUAGCCUGAAAGGGAAGCUGAAUGGCAUUGCUCUCCGUGUGCCCACACCUAAUGUCUCAGUUGUGGACCUUGUUGUUCAAGUGUCAAAGAAGACAUUUGCAGAGGAGGUAAAUGCAGCUUUCAGGGAUACUGCUGAAAACGAACUCAAGGGUAUCCUAUCUGUGUGUGAUGAGCCUCUUGUCUCAGUGGACUUUAGGUGCAGUGACGUGUCAUCAACUGUUGACUCUUCACUAACUAUGGUUAUGGGAGAUGACAUGGUUAAGGUGAUUGCUUGGUAUGACAAUGAAUGGGGUUAUUCACAGAGGGUAGUUGAUCUCGCUGAUAUUGUUGCCAACAACUGGAAAUGACCUCCAAUUUCCUGCUGUUUAUGAACUUCUCUCCCAGUUUUCUUGUAAAUUUCUGAUUUUGAAGAUAUGUAAUCAGUUGUGAUCGAACCUUUUGUCUUUUUUGUUUUUUAUUCGAUGAGUAUUAUUUUUAUUCAAAA